GAAGCACCACAUGGAGAUCUAUUAUCGUGCAUGGAAAUGGCAAAGGUUGCUGAUCUGAUAGCUUUUGUAGUAUCGGCAAACUCCCUUAUUGAUGGAUGCGAAUCCAGUGGCUUAAUUGAUGCAUUUGGAAUGCAGUGCCUUUCUGUCUUCAGAGCCAUUGGUUUACCUCGUACUGCUGUCCUAAUUCGGGAUCUUCCUUCGGACAUGAAAAGGAAGCAAGAAUUGAAGAAGAUGAGCGUUUCUUGUCUUUCUUCUGAGUUGCCUGAGGAUUGUAAGUUUUACCCUGCAGAUACUAAGGAGGAUUUGCAUAAGUUCAUGUGGCUUUUCAAGGAGCAACACCUUUCAUCUCCUCAUUGGAGAAACCAGCGAUCCUACCUUAUGUCUCAAGAGGUUCAUUUGGAGCCUGAUGAUGGCAACCCUGGAAAAUGCACUUUGCUUCUUUCUGGCUAUGUACGUGCACACAGCCUCUCUGUGAAUCAGCUGAUUCAUGUUGCAGGUGCAGGGGAUUUUCAGUUAAGAAAGAUAGAUGUCCUUAGAGAUCCAUAUCCUAUUAAUGAACGGAAAGGUUGUAAUUCAAUGCAUUCAGAAGAGACACAUGGUAUCCAGGUACUGCAUAUUGACUUAGUGGUGAAGAAAGUAAAUUCUGCAAGGCUUUGUUGUUAUGGUGCUAGAAUUUCACAAACAUAGAUGUUACUUUGUCUU